AUGUCAAUCCCCCAUCGCGCUCUACGCCCAGCCCUCUCCCUCCGCUACCAACACCUCUACCGCGCUACACUCAUCCCACGCGCCUACAGCACAUCUCCACCACCUCCCCGAAAAUCACGACUACCAUACAUAUGGAGCGCUUUCGCCCUCGUUCUCGGCUUCGGCGCUGGCACAACCUUAGUCCACUUCAUCUCUCCGCCCUCCAUGCCCGAAGCUGGAACGCACGAGGACGGUGUUCUGAUGGACGAUCUUAACAAGCGCAUCGAAGAAGAGUUCAAAGUGAAAGUCCUGCGAGGCAAGUGUCUAGGCGUGACGAAAGCUCUACAGGGCAAAGAGGCGGGAUGGGUAGAAGUCGUUGCUCCCGCAGAUGGGAUGGGGAGUAAGACAGAACUGGUGAAGGGGCUGCAAGGCGCGAAAGGGCUCGGUGUAGAGCGGAUCUUCUGGGACAGAGGCGAGCAGAAACUCGUGGGUAUCGUGUGGUUUGGCGGGAGUCUGAGUGGAUGGCCUGGCGUGACACAUGGUGGGCUUCUAGCAACAGCAUUGCAAGAGAAAGUCGCACUGGCCAACACCCUCUGCCACCCCACAUCUUCAGCGCAAUACAGCUCCGCAGCCAAACCACAACGCCUCCCCGGCACCGGCGAUCACGCCAAGAUGCUGUAUCCGACAGAGCUACCGUCCGAGCCAGCACAGCUGAGUAUCGACUACAUCAAGCCGACGCACGCGAAUCACUUUUACACUGUGAGGGUGGUGCCGAGUUAUGACGAUGAGAAUGUGCGACUUCCGAUCAAGGGAGCGGAGUGGGUUGCGACGUUGGAGACGAUGGAUGGGAAGGUGUGUGUGAAAGCUACGGCGAAAUUCGCGCCGAGGGGUCAGGUGGAGAGGAUGCAGGAGGGAAUCGUGGGGAGGGAGGCGGGGAGUAGGUUGAGGGAGUUGAGGGAGUGGCUUUGGCCUAGUCGGCAGAGGGAGAGUUUGGGUGACUGA